ACAAGAGGGGAGUACUCAUGAUUUGCAUUUUCAUUUUUUUCGACCAAAUGACCACCGGCGCAUAUUUCCUGGCACAGAUUCAUGGUGCGUUUCGCAUUAUAUCUUGGCCCGAAAUUCAUUUUCUAAGGGGGAAAUUGUUCAUAGAAAACGCUGGAAGAAAUGUGUCCGACAGAGUUCCAUUGUUCGACGUGAACUAUAUGAUGCCAGGAGAUGUUGACGCUUGCGAGACCCCGGUGUUCGAGAUCUUUUUUGUUAUGGAAACCGUGGGUCUUCUCUAUUUGGGCAUCAGCUACUUCAUCUUCGAUGUCACCCUGACGGUGUUAAACAUAUUCAUCGUGACUGAGUUUAAAAUUCUGCAACACAGGGUGGAAGUGGUAUUCCAACCCGAAGAGAACCCUGACAAGAGGUAUUUACAGUGCCAAGAAUUAAUAGACUGUAUUCACAAGCAGAACGAACUCAUCUGGAUCGUCGAGAAAAUGGAGAACGUAUUUUCUAUGGUGAUCCUCGGACAAAUGUUGAUGUCGAGUUUGCUGAUAUGCGUCACAGGGUAUGCAGUGAUGUCGGGAAUUGCCACGAUCGUGAAAACCUGCUUAUACGCUGCUCACCUGAUGGGUGAUUGCACUCAACUGCUGCUGAUUACGAUAUCGUGCAAUGACUUAAUGACUGAAAGCAGCAACGUCAGCGAUGCAAUUUACCGGUCAAACUGGUACCUGGUCCCAAACGAUUCUUUCGGGAAAUUCGUAAGGAAAAAUGUCCAGAUAAUCAUGAUAAGAUCCCAAAAAUGUUGCUAUCUCUCUGCGGGGGGUUUCGUCGCCGUGAGUCUGCAGACGUUUACCAAGGUAAUGAGCACGGCAGGAUCGUACUUUGCUUUGCUGCGGCAUUUAGAGGAAGAGGUACCCGCGCCUUAGUACUUGUCGAGGAAAUGGCCAACCAAGGAAGCAGGCACAUUAAUUUCAGUAUUUUCCUGCGUACCUUCAAACUCCCGUAUUUUUACGGAUAUUGAUUACACUUUGGAGAAAUGUAAUUUUCGGCCACGGUGCAACCUGCAGUUCAAGUUCAUAUAUUGCAUCUCUAUCCAGUCA